GCUGCGGGGGGUGCGGGUUCCUGUUGUCGGUUGCUGUCGCGCCGGUUCUCGCGCUGUGAUUUCUCGGGCGGUUUCGAGGAUUUGCUGGAUGGAGGGGAUCGACUGGGGUUUGGUAGGGUCUUGAGACUAGCAUGCGCUUGAGGGACUAGAAUCUGCUGGGCGUAAUGGGGAUUUCGGGAGUUCCGUGGCUGCUCCUUCUGCCGAUCCGAAAAUAGAGGGAUCUUGCCGUCGAUUUGCUAGAUUAGAAGAUCCUUAGGUGCCCCGUUUGUGUCUAUGGAGUGUCGUAACUCGAUUUACUUUGUUCGAUUGGGCCGUCCUCCUGCACCGAUGCACGCUCCUGCUGUUGCUUUUGAUGCAAAUGAGAUAAUAGGAGGAUUGUGUAAAGUUUGUGUGUUUAAAACUGGAUCGAGAUAUUCUUGGCUCCGAGGGGUCGAAAUGGGAGCAUACUGAUGCUGGAUUGGUCAUACUUCGUGGCGUGUUUUUCGUUUGUGCAACUGAAACUAAACCAUGUCUCGACUGUCCACAGAACUGAUCUGUGGGAUUGGCAAGAGAAGGAGCAUGGCGAACCUAGUGAUGGAAAUCAUGACGUUGCUAAGUUCGUGUGGGAUUGCCUCAACCGAGAUGAUGAUGAUGAUGAGCUACUUGGAUUACUGGGAAAUCAAACUCCUCUGCGGGACUGCCGGGCCUUCUUUGAUAUUGGGGAUAUCACUUGCAAGGAGACACUAGACCUGGAGGAGUCUCGGGAAUCAAAGCGGCGACGCGUUUUGGAGUACCCUUCUGAGGUUAAUCAGCCAGAAGUUGGUGAUCAUGAAAUGUGUUCUAAUUUUGUCACAUCUGAGGUAGCAGAGACUUCAUUGCUUUGCACUGAUGAACCACAGACUUUAAACUGGAAUAUGCAGAUCAAUUCAGAUGAUUUAGAUAAGUUCAGUUCCUUGUCUAAUGGAGCAUCCUACGAGCCAUCAGAUAAUCAAUUGGAUAAUUACUCUGAAGGAGCUACUAUCUACUACACGCCUGAUCAAAUGCCUUCUAGCCAGGAGAGCAUUACAUACAUUGGUUGUCAAACCGAUGUGCCAGGAACAAGUGAGAUUGCUCCGGUGACAGAAAGUCUCAUAAUGCAUGAGACUAGGAAACUUUCUACACUCAAAGUAUCUAAAGGAGGAAGCUCGAUGAUCAAGGCGAAGCAAAAUGUAACUACAUCUAUAGCAUACCCUUUUACCCUUAUCAAACCAUCUUGGGAAGAAGGAGAUGUCACUCUCAAGGAUAUAAAUCAGCGCAUCCAUGCUCCUCCAAAGAAGCCUCCAGAAAUCCUGGAAACUUCAGCUUUCUCUGGGAAGCCGGUCAUUGGCAAGACAAGAAUCAGAACAGAAGGUGGGAAAGGCAGCAUCACAAUACUAAGAACCAAGGGCUGAGAAUUAUUACAGCUUAUUUAACAGCCAUUCCCUUGAUUGCUUUCAAGAAUUUGGUCUUCUUGUGCAGGCCUCUAUAGCAUUUCGAUUUUUCUUGGUCACAAUUUUUGUGCCAUGUGUUCAGAGUUACUGUGGAUGGCCAACUCUUUGUUCAAAGAUUCAGCAUUCAUCUGUGGUAUAUUUUAGUGGCAUGCGGCUAAUGAUAUAUAUAUGGACAUUUGAGUUAA